ACCAUCAAUUUAGAGCAGGGUUCCCCUCUACACCAACCCCUUUGUUCACAAAAGUCGGCGAUCUCCUUGCCCGCCCUCUCUAACUACUCGAGAUGGGUGAAUCCGACUACUCCUUCUCCCUUACCACCUUCAGCCCAAGUGGCCGCCUCGUCCAGAUUGAGUAUGCACUCAACGCAGUCACCGCUGGGGCCACCGCCCUCGGCAUCAAAGCCAAAAACGGCAUCGUCCUCGCCACCGAAAAGCGCCUGCCCUCCGCGCUCAUGGCGGAAGACAGCGUGCAGAAAGUGUCCAUGAUCACCGAGUCCAUCGGCCUGGUGUACGCGGGCAUGGGCCCGGACUCGCGGGUGCUGGUGAAGAAGGCGCGAAAGGCGGCGCAAGCGUACGCCCGGAUAUACAAGGAGGUGAUCCCUGUGGGGCAGCUGGUGCGCGAAGUCGCCUCGGUCAUGCAGGAGUUCACGCAGAGCGGCGGCGUGCGCCCGUUCGGCGUGUCGCUGCUCGUCGCUGGCUUUGACGACGAGGGGCCGCAGCUGUGCCAGAUCGACCCCAGUGGCAGCUACUAUGCGUGGAAGGCCAGCGCUAUCGGCAAGAAUAUGGUCAAUGCUAAGACGUUUUUGGAAAAGAGAUACUCGGACGAUAUCGAAUUGGAGGACGCCAUUCAUACCGCCAUUCUCACCCUCAAGGAAGGCUUUGAGGGCCAGGUCACGGAGAGUAAUAUUGAGAUUGGCAUUAUCGGCGAGGAUAAGGUCUUUAGGACCCUCACCCCGGCGGAUACGAAGGACUACUUGACAGAACUGGAAUAGAGCUUGCGUUUUGGAUUGGGCGUGGUAGCUAGGGAAGAAAAUGGGGCUGUGUACGCCAUGUGAUUAAUUUUUUGUUCUCGUCUUCUUCCGUCUACAACGCUGUGCGUGUCGUUGUUUGGUCGGCCGUCAUUGGGGUGCCCGUGCAGUUGGUUUCAUCACGGGCGUCAUGAGCAUAUGGGAAUGAAGCAAGUAGCGCAGCGAAGAUGGGGGGCAUUGCAGUUUUGUUUUUGUGUCGCACUGCAGCAGCUCACCUACGCAACCGGUAGACUUCCUUGUCAUCCUGCGCGCAACUUGACGAGGCCCAGCGGUUUGGCAUUGACGUCAAAGAAGAAUUAACCUAUGGAGCUGAGCGUGUUAUUUUACAUUGCCCCCCCUCUGCCCCUGUUUCGCCAUGACGGCACCAGGACUGCACACUAUCGUAGAGCGCCUCAUAAAAAAUCACAGCAAGCACAAUAGCCACGCAGUGCUGGCCCUCCCCCC